GCCAGUUGGAGCGGUCAUUGCCAACAACAUGCGCAAUUGUGAACUGCUGAUUUGUGUAAUUCUACAUUUAGCGGCCACUAUUAACAGAUCGCAAACUAUUACCAUUAUCGGCAGUGAACAAAGUAGUUCUAAAUGGCCGAUUCAGUGAUAUAGCAUUGAAAGGAUACGGGAUUAAUUUUCCGAGAUUCGGUGACAGACAAAACGGACACAUCAACAGAAGCAACGCCCUAACCGCAUAGUAUAAACUGAAGAGUUUUUUUUUUGUGUAAGUCUCGCACAAAGUAGUAAGAUGACGAAUGAAUACAAGCUGUGCAUUGCGGUUGCGUAUGUUAGUUAGCUUUUCUUUUUUUAUUAUUUAAACAUCGCAUGUUAUCACUUACGCCUUGAUCGUGACUAGGCAGAUAUACGCUCUUUAAAGAAAUUUGGGUUUAAUCAUUGUUACAUAGUGUCGCAUAUUUAUGUGAAGUUGUUUGCGAUUUGCUAGUUGUCAGUCUCAACCUCUUACCAAUUGUAACAAGAGUAAAACAGGCAGAGAAGAGCUUUCGAACUCUCAUCGCUAGGAGCCUUUAAUCAUAUAUUAGGGAAGCUUAGCCUUAUUGCCGUUUUGUUAUCCUGUUAAUAAUUUUCCUUGAUAUACAAUGUAAACGCAUUAUUAGCAUAGUAUUAAAUUCGGUUUUAAUUGGUGCUAACGUAAUGAGACGAAAAAUUUAGGCAUACGUCUGAAAGCACAGCUUCCAUAAUUUGUAUUACGACAACAUUUUGAAAGAUGCGUACGUAAUUAGUUCGUCGCUAUUGUCGAAAAAAAAAAAAAACUAAAAAACUGUGUUAAUAAACGAUCUAGUCGAAAAAACACUAGCAUUAUUAAUAAUCUAAUCAUAAAAAAUAUGUUAUUAUCAAACCCUUUUCUCCAUUAGAAGAUUCGUUUCUAGGCCAAUCAAGCGCCUAGUAUAUUUUUAGAAUUGGUGUUUCCUGUUACUUAUAUUAUCGUUCAAACUCAUUUUAAAAUUAAACAUAAUGUUGCAAGUUUGCGCACUUUCGUGUACUCUUCAAUUCCCAUAUAUAGCUGCAAUCUUUAGUAGCACCAGCAUAAGGUUUACCUCACAUAAGGAGUAUAAGCACUUCUUUUAUGAUCUUUUGGACUGUUUUUAAACAUUUUUUUAGAACUGCAUAUAGUCUAUCUCUCGUGUACAGUGAAAAAAAAUAUCAUUUGAAUAAUAAAGCUUUAAAAAGUAACGUAAUUUUGUUUUUGUUAGAAAAAUCAGUGAUUUCGUCACCGGACAUUUGAAACAACCAUUUCGUACUCUUUCAGGAUGGGAAAAACAGCGAUUUUGAUCAUCAGCAUGUUCGUAUGGAGCUGGGCAAAUCUUUUUGCCCUUUUCCAGUUCGGUGUUGCAGUUCUGAUCAAUUUUCGACAUCUACUUCCUGAUGAUCUUUUUCAAGCGGGCUGGCUACCGGCACUAACUGAGGCUGACAUAUCGGAUCCUGAGUGGCUUUCUGUGAAGUUCCUAGCGAAUUUCUACUUGCCGGCAAUUGUCGUGCAAAAUUUGAUUCUCCGCUGUACUCCAAAUACGCUACACGUUCAAUUGCGAUGCCUUAUAGCUCUAACGUUCCUGGGCACCACCUUUGGACCGGUUUGUACCUACCUGCUGCUGGGCCUCUUCGGACUGACCUACGCUGCAAGUAAACUGCGCAGGAAAUACGCUAUCUACAUAGUCAACCUAUUUAUCGUCUAUCUGGUCAUUUACAAGAGGGAGCUGUUAGAUAAUCUUGUUACGCCAACUGCGGAAAACGAAAGCAUUGAUCUCAUGUUUGACAUCGCCGCGUCGUGGGCAUGUCUUCGAGCAAUAUCUCUUGGUCUAGCGCUUAUUGAUGGCGAUGUGGACGUCAUUUAUGCAUUUUGUUACUAUAUGUACCUUCCAUCAUUGUGUGCCGGACCGUUGAUAAACUGCAAAAGCUUCACACAGCAACUGGACAGAUCACGUUUACCCUCUCGAGUAACGGCCAUUAAGCAAGCCAUGUCUUCGGCACUGAAAUUAGCUAUAUGGGUUCUAUUUAUCGAAUUGGUGGAUCACACGUUGUUUGUCUCUGCGAUGGUUACCGCUUACAGCAAUGUCAGAUUCCAUUUGACGACGCUCGAGUAUUUUGGCUUAUGUGUGGCCAUGAUGGCUCGAUUCUACGUGAAAUACCUAGUAAUAUAUGGUGUCGGAGAGGCAGCGGCCCGCCUCGAAGGCAUAUGGCUGCCAGAACGGCCUCGUUGCACUCUUCGAGUGACAUCGGGUUCUCACCUGUGGCGCACUUUUGAUCGGGGUCUGUACCUAUGGUUUGUUGAGUAUAUUUACGUCCCAUUGGGUGGUCAGAUCUAUGCUUCAGCCGCCUGUUUUUUCUUUGCAUGUUUUUGGCACUCGUUUUCAUCGUCGAUUCAAGUCUGGGCUACGGUCAACUGUGCAAUCGUUGUGACUGAACGGUCGCUGUCGAAAUCACUUUCGCCGACUGUUUGGGCCUUUUCCCAAAUACCUUUGCACUGGCUGGCAGUCGGGAGUAAUAUGUUCUAUCUUGGUGAUCUCGAUGUGGGGAACGAUUUUUUCCAUUAUCUAUCAAGUUCAGCGUUGGUGAUAGCAGUCGCAUGUGUGAUAUCACUGUGCGCGUGCGUUGUUGGAAACCAUUUUGAAAAGGAGGACAACGCGUUGUUCAACACGAAGAAAAGUACAGUUAUUUACAAUAAGAGGAAUACGUUCUAAUAUGUACAAACAUACUUUCUCGAAUAAGUUGGGGACUAUACGCU